AUGUCGAAAUCAGAAUUCCAUGUCGCCAUCAUUGGCGCUGGCCUAUCAGGACUCUCUCUAGCACUCGCUUUGCAGCAGCAGAACAUACAAUGUACACUUUACGAAGGCCGCGAUGCACCUCUCGAUACUGGCGGCGGGUUGAUGCUUCAUCCCAAUGGGCUCAAAGCUCUGCAAGCCAUUGGCGUCUAUGAAACUCUACUUGAGAAAGCUUGGCCUUUUGACAACAUCUACGUCCAAAAUGGUAUCACGGGCGAAAUUCUGCAGAACAUCGAGAACGGAAGCAUAGAGAAAUACGGCAUGCACGCGGUGCGAAUUAACCGCUACACUCUUCUGGGGCAACUUUUGAACAAAGUACGCCAAAGCGAGAUACCGAUCCACUUCAACCGCAAGUACUCCCACAUCGUUUCGGAAACAGAGGAAGAAGUCACAUGGCAGUUCGACGACGGCAGUAGCGCCAGCGCUUCUAUCCUCGUGGGAGCUGAUGGAAUCCAUUCUGCCGUUCGAAAAUACAUCGCACCUGAUGUCAAGCCUAUCUACGGCGGCUUCGUUACUCUCGUGGCUGCCGUGCCAACUGCUCAAUUCGGCCUACCGGAAAGGGAUUCCAAAAAUUACAAUGAUCCAAACAAUAGUUUUCCGAUGCCGGGCGGGAUUGUCGUGCCUCAACUUGGGGCCUUUGUCGCCUCUCCGGAGACCAAGAGUGCCGACAAGUGUAUGAUCACGGUGAUGCGUCCCUUUCCCAGAGAAGCAGAGCGUUGGACGCCGAUCGACAAUGACAAAAACCGACUUCGAUCGAUUCUUCGCGAGAACUCAGAGAAGUUCCCCCGAGUCGUCAGGAAUGCGCUUUCGGAUAUACCGGACAAGCAGCUGCGUGUAUGGCCUGCAUAUACUGUUCCCUUGCUAGAGCAUUGGACCUCUGCGAACACUGGCUCGAAUCCCAAGGGGCGAGUGGUGAUCAUCGGGGAUGCUGCACAUGCGUUACCACCAUCAUCAGGACAGGGUUGCAAUCAGGCCUUUGAGGACAUCAACAGCUUUGCCGCUGUCCUGGGCAAGCUCGGCAACGACUUGAGCCGCGAGCGAUUACAAAAGGCGCUGCGUGGAUGGCAGCUGUUCAGGCAGGAGAGAGUCGAUUGCGUGCUGAGACUCAACAAACACAUGGAGACGCUGCGCAUGCCUGCGUCGGUUCUGGCUGAGAAGGGCAUCACAAAUGAUCCCGAGACCCUCAAGGCGAACCUGAAGAAGGAGUCUCAUGAAGUAUUCAAGCUUGAUCACGACGAGGCUGUGCGGGAAUGUUGGAAAAGGGCUCAUUUAGAAUGA